AACUGGACUCGAAUCUUUUAAGAAAGAUCUCGGAAACGAGUCUCGUGGAUUAAAAAAAAAAGUGAUUGGGAGGAGAGACUCAGGUUUAAGCAAGGUCUCUUGCAAGUCAGGUUUUUUGACGGAGAUUAGUCAUCGACAAAGUAGAUGGAUAUUUCGCACAAUAAAGUGGCUGCUAAAAGAAAAACUUAUUGUCUGUUGCAAAGCCAGCCACAUGACCAAUUGUUGGAGAGAGAUUAUAUAUAAGGGGUGUUAUGUGUGUGUACAAGUCAAUAUAUAUGUGCAUAAGAGAAGUGUCUUCUCUAGCUAUACACCUACCUUCUAUCCCCUUGUUUUCCACUUUCAAAUUUGAAAAACAUUCCUUGAGAGAAAACAACUUGCAACUAUGGAAACUUCACAGCCUCUUUCCAUUGAAAGUUUCUCUUACAGUUGGUUAGUAAACCUAAAGCCAUCACUAGAAAGCCUAGAUAGUUCCUUUAGAACAACUCUUGAUGCAUAUGAUGAAGCUUCCUUCAUUGAGAUGGAUCCAAGAAUGCCACCAUCUAAAAGAUUCUUCAAGAAUUUACAUGAUUCAAACAAAUUUGAUUUUCAAACUUCAGAAUCCCCUCUUAGUACUCUUGUUCAUGCAGAUGAACUCUUUUCAAAUGGUUACCUUAUGCCUUUCUUUGUUGAAUCUUUGAAAAUGGAAGAAUAUGAAGCCUUAGAAUCCAAUACAACUCUCAAUUCAUCUUCAGAUGCAACAAAAGGCGUUGUGGUUCAUCUUGGUCAUGCUAGAUGUUCUUCUUUAAAAAGAUGCAGAACACUAUCAAGAAGAAUAUUUCAGAAGUAUCUAAAUUUCUUAAGGCCUUUAUGUAGAAAAUUAAGGGGUCAUAAAUCAUGUUCAAAUAAUGAAACUGUUGCUAAAAGAAGUGAUGCUCUAAUGAAUAGAAGAUACUAUAAUUCAGAAUCAUCUCCAAGAAUUAGUGUAGCUUUUUCUGCAGAUGAUUGGAGAAUGUCUUGUGAUUCUGAAAGCUCUAUACAUGAAGCUGUUCUACAUUGCAAAAGAUCCAUUGAAAGAAUGAGUUAAGGAUGCUGCAUAGUGAAGAAAUGAAGAUAAAUGAGAUGGGAUUAAAUUUGAUUAUGUCUUAGCAAAACUUUUUAAUCCUAUGAUGAAAAACAGAUGCUACUUUAUUGUUGAUUUUUUGUAGCUAAGCUUUUUUCAUUUCUUUUAGAAGCUUUUUAUACUCUCUCUGUUCCAAAAUAUAAGUAAAAAUUGGUCAACAAAAGUUGAUGUAUCUGGUGUAAAAUUUUGACCAGAUACAUUAAUUUUUGCUGACCCAUUUUUGUUUAUAUUUUAAGAUGGAGAGAGUAUUUAUUUUAUUUUUCAAUUGGUGGCAUGAUAUGGUUCAAGUCAAUGGAAUAAGAUAAAAUGGAAAGAUGAAGAAACAACAAUCCCAUGUGAUGUGAAGAAGUAUGAGACCAAAUCAUCGUCAGCCACUCAUGUUGUCUCCAUGCUUCUCUGCUUAAAGGAUAUGUGGUUGGUGUGUCAUUAUUCAAAGCAUUCAAAAAUUUCCAAAAAAGAAUGAAAAAUUCUUUUUUCAUUUUUUUUUAAUAAUCUUGUUGAUAGGGGGAGGAACACUUUUGCUGCCGAUAAGAAUCUGCUUUUUCUUUUUUUUUCCCCUUCUAAUUUAGUAUGUAAAGUUCCUUCAAUAAUUAGAAGUGUAAGCUAAAAGAAUCCUUAUGUAUUUAUUUAUUUAUAUAAAUAAAUAAAUAUACUUAUGAGAAAUGUUUUCUGAACAAAAAAA